GAGUGGGUACGAAAAAUGGCGUAAGCUUUAAAUGGCAACAAACAUCAAAACAAACAUGGCGGCUUCACGCGAGCGCACAAUUUUUGUCACAUAAACGCGAAGCUUACUUGAUGAGAGUGAAAUGGCAUUGGUACUUUCCUCAAUGUGCCUGCGAUGAACUCAUCAACUUUUAAAAAUCGGGAAAGGGAAGCUGGAAAGGCAAUAGAACUAGUGGUAAAAAAUAGUUGCCAACAAUUCCUAAACCGUUUACGAGAGAAGGCAAUCGAAAAUAGUAACAAGCCGGACGAGAACAAUUUGGUACCCAUUGCCUGUUCUUACGACAUGGGGUGGCAGAAGCGGGUGCGAGGCUUCAACUCCAAAACCGGACAUGCUGCAGUCAUGGGCCUUUCAACUGGAAAGGCCCUUGACUACUUAACGAAAAAUAAAAUGUGCCACUCCAGUGAUGAAGCUGACAAGGCAGGAAAACAACCAAAAGACCACGCCUGUAGAAAAAAUCAUUCGGGCUCUUCAAAGUAUAUGGAACCUUUAGCUGCAGUUGAACUUUUCAAUAAGCUGACUGAAUCAGAUGUCAAAUUUCCAAUUUACACUGGGGAUGAUGAUUCAACAACUGAAUCUCACCUAAAGCAAAAGGUACCCUACGGUGUGGAAAAAUGGAGUGACACAGUUCACAUAAAAAGAUCCCUUACAACACGCCUAUACAACUUGAGCCAACGAAGUAAGUUCCCCAACAGUUCGGUGUUGUCACAGAAAGUCACAAAUUACCUUGUCAAGUCCUUUACAUACUGCAUUGCACAAAACAAAGGGGAUGCUACAAACAUGAAAUCUGUAAUUCAAAGAAUUGUGCCCCAUGCAUUUGGUGAACAUUCUGGUUGUAGAGAAACAUGGUGUCGGUACAAGAAAGACCCUUCACAUUAUUGUCACAGAGAUCUUCCCUAUGGUAAAGACCUCCUAAGAGAUAGCCUUCAAUCAGCCCUGAAGUCUCUCUUUGAUGAACAUAGCACAGACAUUGUUAUCAGCAAACUUGCACCUGCGGCAAAUUCACAGCGUAACGAGUCUCUGAACAGUGUGGUGGGCUCGAAGAACCCCAAAAUUCGCUUUUUUUCGUGGGAAGCGAAAGCAAUGAUUAGCGAGUGUCCUGCAGUGUCUCUCAAGUAAAUUUAGGUGACAGGUACAUUCCUCAGACUCUCGCAGCACUUAACAUAGAGCCAGGUUUUUUUCUGUGUAGACCAUACUACGAAAAUGGACAAGAAAAGUGCGAUGGACAAACGAAGGAAAUCAACAGUUGCAUUCAAGCGACGUCGAUCACAAUUAAACAAACACAAGAUUUCAGAAACCUCGAAAAAAGAGGCCAAAGCAGGUACCAUGUAUGAGAGUGGCAUUGGCCUGACCCUAAACUAUUCUGCGACAGCGAUGGACUUGAACAAUUCUGAACUUUCAAUCAUUGAACUUUACGACAUAAACGCUGCUACAACGAAACAACAACAAGAACAGUACGAAAAUGCAGUUCCGAAAUACCCUUCGAGACCCACAGUUCAAAAGGAAACAUUUGAUGACUGUAAAUUUUUUAUCACUUUGUUUUAUUUGACAUCGGGACAAAUUCAAACGAAAAAUCAGUAUAAGUAUGCCAGCUAGCUGCCGUGGAUAGGUCAGACAAACAAUUCUCAUGCUAUAUUCUACCAAACAGAUUCUCACGCGUCAAAGGUCAACAAACUUACAGUUAAAACUGUCAAUGGAUUCGGUCGACUUUUUAAAGAUAAUCGACCCGUAGAAGCACUUGAGUUAUCGCAAGUACUUAGGCAGUUCUUAACUUUUUUGAGGGCCAGCAUAGAUUCAACUUCGUCACGGUCCACAAAGCCCGUUUGCACAAUCUUGGCUGGACACAACACCGAGACAUUUGAUAUUCCAAUAAUUCUUCGGAAUGGUGGCGAAAAUUUUAUCGUGGAGCUCAGUUCCAACAGUUCCAACCGGUUUGCAGACACUCUGACACUGUUGAAGUCACUCAUCAAAAGCGAGCACUCUUCCCUCCAAAACCCCGAGGGUCAAUAUCCAAAGCCUGACCAGAUUUCUGUUUAGGAACAUUUAUUUCAAACAACCUUUGACGCCCACGACGCCCUAGGGGACGUCAUCGCUCUUCGAAGAAUCUUGUUUUCGUCUAGGCUGGCUUUGUCUGAUGAAAU